UUUUUCCAGUCAGACCUACGUGCCGAGAACAACUACGGCCUUCACGGACUAGCAUAAGCUUCCCUUUGUCUCACAGAAUGGACCCAAAAAAUGAAAUGGAGGAAGAGCUGCGUCUCUACCAGAGUACCCUUCUCCAAGAUGGCCUGAAGGAACUGCUCAAUGAAAACAAAUUUAUUGACUGUAUACUGAAGGUGGGAGACAAAAGCUUGCCUUGCCACCGGCUCAUCAUGGCUGCCUGCAGCCCUUACUUCAGGGAGCUCUUCUUCUCCGAGGAAGAUAAGGAAAGCAAGAAGGAAGUUGUUCUCGACAAUGUUGAUGCCAAAAUAAUGGAAGCCAUUGUGAAAUACCUCUAUUCAGCUGAAAUUGACCUCACUGACGAAAACGUGCAGGAUGUCUUUGCCGUGGCAAGUCGCUUUCAGAUCCCGUCCGUUUUCACUGUGUGCGUGAGUUACUUGCAGAAACGAUUGGACGUCAACAACUGCCUGGCCAUUUUCCGACUAGGACUACUCUUAAAUUGUCCACGGCUGGCUGUGGCCGCUCAGAGUUACAUUUCAGACCGCUUUGAAACAAUAUCAAAAGAAGAGGACUUUCUCCAGCUGGCCUCCCAUGAACUUAUUGCUGUGAUUGCCAGCGACAGCCUGAAUGUCGAGAAAGAGGAAAUGGUAUUCGAGGCAGUAAUGAAAUGGGCAAGAUCGGACAAGCAGAACAGGGUCAAGAGUCUGGACGAGAUUUUCGACUGUAUCCGAUUCCGCCUCCUACAAGAAAAUUACUUCAAAGAGUAUGUGGAGAAAGAUGAUAUCAUCAAGGCCAAUCCCGAGCUUGGGAAGAAAGUCCAAAUCAUUAAGGAAGCCUUCGCUGGAAAGCUCCCAGAGACCAGCAGUAAGAAAGAUGAAUCAGGCGAAAAUGUAGUCAAUGGCGACAUGGGAGAUGAAGACCUACUGCCUGGCUACCUGAAUGACAUUCCUAGACAUGGCAUGUUCGUGAAAGACUUUGUGGUGAUGAUUAGCGACACUGCAGCUGUGGCCUACGAUCCUGAUCAGAAUGAAUGUUACCUUAUAUCUGCGGCAGAACAGAUUCCUAGGAAUCACGUUAGCAUGAUCAGCCAACAGAAACAGAUUUAUGUAAUUGGUGGCUUGUUUGUCGAUGACGAAAACACAGAGCAUCCAUUGCAAUCCUAUUUUUUCCAGCUUGACAACGUAUCUAAUGAGUGGAUUGCCUUGCCCCCACUGCCCUCCCCAAGAUGUCUCUUUGGGAUGGCUGACAGUGAAAACCGUAUUUUUGUCAUUGGUGGAAAAGACUUGCAGACUGAAGAAUCACUGGAUUCAGUAUUGUGCUUCGACUCAGAGGCAAUGAAAUGGAGUGAGGGAAAGAAGUUACCUCUGAAAGUGCACGGCCAUGCAGUGGUCUCGCACAAUAACUUGGUGUAUUCCAUAGGAGGAAAAACAGAUGACAAAAAAACUCUCAAUAAGAUGUUUGUCUACAACCCUAAGAAGUCUGAGUGGAAGGAGCUGGCUCCAAUGAAAUCGAGCCGUGCCAUGUUUGGAGCAGCUGUGCACAAGGGUAAAAUCAUUGUGAUUGGAGGUGUCAAUGAAGAUGGCUUGACAGCUGCUUCUGAAGCAUACAACUUUGCCACUAACAAGUGGGAGGCUGCAAUUGAAUUUCCCCAAGAGAGAAGCUCCAUUAACCUCAUCAGUAAUGCUGACUGCCUCUAUGCUAUCGGAGGUUUUGCGAUGAUUCAGCUUGAAAACAAAGAAUUUGCACCAUCAGAGGUUAAUGAUGUUUGGAAGUAUGAAGAAGACAAGAAAGAAUGGAGUGGGAUGCUAAGGGAGAUCCGUUACGCAGCUGGAGCCUCCUGUGUGUCAACACGACUCAACAUCUUCAAACUCACCAAACUCUAAAAAAAA